CCCAACUCCAUAACUUUUGGGAUAUUACUUUUGUAACGUUUAAUUCGAUAAUGAAGAUAAGUUAUUUGUACUAUUGAAUAAAUUAUAGGGUUUAAUACUACUGCUGAUGUUUUCCCGUUGUUUGUAUGUCAAUACGUUGUUAUGUCACAUGACCCACUUUAGAGGCGAUAUUUUAGAUUUAGCAAUGAGUAAACUUUGUCUCGGUUCCCCUCUAAAAUCCACUUCUUCAAGAGUCGACCUUAAGCGGCGAAGCAACUUUUGGACAUAGUGUCACUUGUUUGAAACAGUUCAACUUUGCAAACUCGGCUUCAUUUCCGCAAUCAACAACUGAACGGCUGGAGCAGCGAGCAGACACUUCCUCCCGUGAGUUGGAAACACUGAAAUGUGCUUCACGACGCAACUUUUGAGUCUAAAUACAAAACGUUUGUGGCUCCAUAAACCAAGAAAAGAAUAAGGAUAGUUAGCAGCAGCCAUUGCAAAGGGCGUUCACUCUCAGGUGUGGUUUAUUUUGCUGCGGACGUUUUUACAUACACAAUUUUGCCAUUACCUACGUCUUUUCUUACAUACGAAUCCGAUUUCAAGGCACUUUUUGGGGCGUAAACCGAUUACUGACACUCCUGAGUGAGAUGACAGCCAGCACCCCCAGCUACCUGUGGUCCUUACAGGAUGUCCUGGGUCAAGGGGCUACUGCAUGCGUCUACAAGGCUCGAAAUAAGCGGACGGGUGAGUUGGUAGCCGUCAAGGUUUUCAACUUGGCUAGCUACAACCGCACUCAUGAGGUGCAGAUGAGGGAAUUUGACAUGCUGAGGAAGCUCAACCACAAGAACAUCGUCAAGCUUUACGCCGUGGAGGAGCUGCCAUCUAAACAGAAGGUUCUAGUGAUGGAAUUCUGCCCGGGGGGAAGUUUGCUCAACGUGCUUGAAGAGCCAGAAAAUGCUUUUGGCCUGGCUGAGGCGGAGUUUCUCACUGUAUUGCAAUGUGUUGUACAGGGAAUGCACCACCUACGAGAGAACGGUGUGGUGCACCGGGACAUUAAACCAGGCAACAUAAUGCGUCAGACGGGUGAGGACGGCAGGUCUGUCUAUAAGCUAACCGACUUCGGAGCGGCGAGAGAGUUGGAGGAUGAUGAGAAGUUUAUGUCUAUUUAUGGAACUGAAGAAUAUCUGCAUCCAGACAUGUAUGAGCGUGUGGUGCUCCGCGCGCAUCACCAGAAGGCGUGUGGAGUGAGCGUGGACCUGUGGAGCAUCGGCGUGACCUUUUACCACACUGCCACAGGUUCUCUCCCCUUCAUGCCCUUCAGAGGGCCCCGCAGGGACAAGCAGACCAUGUAUAAAAUCACCACAGAGAAACCACCGGGGGCGAUUUCUGGAUUUCAGCGUGUUGAGAACGGACCAAUAGAGUGGAGCUCAUACCUGCCGGACAGCUGCCAAUUGUCGCAGGGUCUGAAAAUGCAUCUGGUUCCUGUACUUGCCGGUAUACUUGAGGCAGACCAGGAGAGGUGUUGGGGCUUCGACCAGUUUAUCAAAGCCACAAUAGACAUCAUGCAACGAAAACCGGUGCACCUGUUUGCUCUCCAGCAGGCUAGGGCGCACUGCGUGUACAUACAUCACUACAACACGGUAUCCGGAUUCUUUGAGGAGGUGGCGAUGCAGACUGGAAUUGAUGUCCAGCACCAACAGCUGCUCUACUUGGGCCAUGAACUCCCGCUAGAGGGCAGGAUGAAGGUGGUCAGCCUCCCCCACACGACAGCCACAAGGCCUCUCAUCCUGCUGGGUCGUGGGCAAGAAGCAAACAGCAGCCUGCCCUUCAGGGAACCAGAGACUCCGAUCAUUCCAGCCAAGUUUGACGUAAUGGCCGACUACAACUUCACCAAGUUAAUCGUUGGAGUGGUCCACCAGUAUCUGAGGAUUGCACAACUGCUGCACUCACACAGAGAGCUGUUGCUGGAUGGGUAUUACAGUUACAUGAUGAAGCUGCGCAGAGAGUGUGGCGAAGCUAUGCACAGUAUUGCGCAGAUCGCCAUUAGGCUCAAGUCCUGCCUCGGCGCACAACACAGGAUAUUCACUCUAGAUCGCCACGCUUCAGAAAACCUGGGUGCAGCUGAUAAGAGUGACAGGUUGCAGCAAGUCAAUGAUCACCUGCCUGAGUACGUCGCAGACAUUCAAGAAUUUCAGAACCGCCUGGUUCACUUGGAGAUCGAGCAGGCCAAGCUUGCAGAAACGCUGAACAGUGACAAAAGCUGUCAGGAAAUGCAGAUGCUCCUUCAAAAGAUUGUGGCGAUUCAUCAGCUUUACCGUAAAGACAGACUCUCAGGCAGUAUGCAGCUGUUAUAUAAUGACGAACAAAUCCACAAGUUUGAAAAAAUCCAACUGUCCUCACACAUCAAGCGGGUUAAGUCUCUCACCAGAGAAAACUGUGCGCUACAAUACAAGGAUCUCUUGGACGCUAGUAGGACAUGGAGCAGAACUUUACUCGAAAUGCAGAACUAUCUACAAGACUUCAGUUCCUUCUGCACGGGCCUGUUGGCUGAUCUUGCCAUAACUGAGCAGCACCAAAACAAAACACUGGACGAAAUCUUGGUCACACUACAGUCAAGCAGCACAGGACAGCAGCAACAGGAAAUACCACUUAGGGACAAGGAACAAAUGGUGUCCAGGAUGUACCACCUAAAGGAAGAAAUGGAAUUGCUGAUCCGGGAACUUCAGUGUAGCAAUGCCAUGAUUGAAAGUCUGGAAGCAGUGAACUCUGCAGUGGCUGUGAGGCCGAGCUUGGCACGGCCUGCCACACUGUGACAGGCGGCUCGUUUUAAUUGCCUGGUGAACAUUUGCUGGAUGACUGCUGUGACGCUAUCAAAAGAUUGCCUGCUGCAAGAGGGAGUUGAAGACGGCAGAUUGCGAACCAAUUAAGAGAUAAGACUCACAGUUGGGGAGAAAACACCGCUGAGGAUUUUUUUUGUGCGUGGCUUGCCAGCGGGCACUUCAAUGCAAACCUCAUUAAUACUUGUUAUCCAUCCAACCAUGCAUUUUCUAUGCUGCUUUUCCUAUUCAAAGUCAUGGAACUGCUUAUUCAAGCAAUCACAGGGCAUAAUACAUUUUAGUGUUGUUAAAUUUGUAAUAUACUGUGAUGUUUGGGGCAUCUCAUUAUUGAUAUGUAAAUUGUGGGACAAAAAAAGGAUAUCUUAUUACAUAUAUACACAUAUCACUUCACUAGGGAUGUCACAGUAUUCUGACCUCAUUGAAGGUGCUGAAGUCUUCCGUCUCACUAUCUAGCCAUUGUUUUUUGUUGACUGCAGUCACACACUGUACCGGUAAUUAAAUCAAUCAAAGCCCCCUCAACCGGAGCGUCGUUUUCUAGCCUGUCCCUGUGUUGCUGUUUCCAUGUUGCAAGUCCCGCUUUUGUUGUGACAUUAUCCACACAAGAACAGAUUAUUGACUCAGAAUGGGGAGAUUUUUUUUUAAAGGUCAGGUUUGAAUGCUCUUUUAGACGCUUCAAUUGUGCACAGGUGAGUGCUUCUUAUUGUAACCUUUUUGGGGACAGCGGUUCCUCCAGUGGACAGCUUGUCGUGUGAUCAGGUGACAGGGUGCAUGAAAGGGUUAACAUUUGUUACAUAUGUAUGUAGGUUUCGUUCUGUUUUGUUGUGGUGAAUCAUUUUCUCAUACAAAAAGAAAAGUAAAAGUAAAUACUAGUUUAAUGCCCCCUCAAGUUUCCAGGACUAACGGACAUGCGAAGAUGACUCACUGUGUGGUUGAAAUAAAGAAGAAACAA